UGAUGGGGAGAGCACGCCUCAGAAGAAGACGAAAAAAAAGUCUUCAAAGGAAAGUUGUGAUGGAAAAGAAAAGGAGAAAGACAAGAAGUCUAAAUCUAAAGAUGUUAAAGAGGACACAGACAGUAAAGGAAAAUCAAAAGCCAAGAAGAAGGAGCCAGUCUCCAUGUUUCAGAUAAAUGGAGACAAGCCGGAAACCAGGAGUAAAAAGAAAGCUGCCAAAUCUGAGAGUGAGGAUGAGAGCGAACCAGAAACUAAAAGCAGCAAGACGAAGAAGAAAAGCAGCUCAAAUCCAGCGUCCAUGUUCCAGACCGGAGGAGACAAAGACAAGGACAAAAAGACCAAAACCUCCAAGAGUUCUGCUAAAGCAGAAGAGAGUGAAGAAUCAGAUUCAGACGUGGCACAGAAGAAGAAAAAGGGAAAGGGGAAAAAAAGCAAGAAGGAGGAAAGGGCACCUUCUCCCAUCAUCGAGUUUGACAACCUGGAGGAGUUUGUACUUCAACCUGCACAACAAGGCGUCACUGUAAAGUGUAAAGUGACCCGUGACAAGAGAGGAAUGGACAAAGGCAUUUAUCCAACAUACUACCUGCACCUGGACAACGAGAAAAAAGUAUUUUUGUUAGCGGGGAGGAAGAGGAAGAAGAGCACAACCUCAAAUUACCUGAUCUCCAUCGACCCCACUGACCUCUCCAGAGGUGGAGAAAACUUCAUCGGGAAGUUGAGGUCCAAUCUGAUGGGAACUAAAUUCACAGUGUUCGAUAAUGCAAUGCAUCCGGACAGAGCGCUCCCUGACAUGUCUAAUGCACGACAGGAAUUAGCGGCCAUUAUAUACGAAACAAAUGUUUUGGGCAUGAAAGGACCAAGACGAAUGAUUAUAGUUGUCCCCGGCAUGAACAAAGAUGGUGAACGGGUGCCCAUACGACCACGUAGUGACAAUGACGGUCUCCUCAUGAAACAUCAAAACAGAAAUAUGGAGAACUUGAUAGAGCUGCGCAAUAAGACGCCAGUGUGGAAUGAAGAGACUGCGUCACACGUGUUAAACUUCAAUGGCAGAGUCACACAGUCGUCCAUCAAAAACUUCCAGAUUGUCCAUAACAAAGACCAGGACUACAUUGUGAUGCAGUUUGGGAGAAUUGCCGAUGACGCCUUCACUCUGGACUAUAAAUAUCCUCUGUGUGCCGUGCAGGCGUUUGCAAUCGCGCUUUCCAGCUUUGAUGGCAAAAUCGCCUGCGAGUAAAAGAACCAAGAUUGAUAUCUUUCUGUGAUUUUGUCACAUGCAACAAAUGGGAAACAUUGUCACUCAGCAAGAGCUCUAUGUACACCACGAAAAGACUAAAACUCAUAAACCUGAGAAUGAUAUUAUAGCCUCUGGGGUUACAUGAUUUGACAUGCCGUACAGAGAACUGCUGAGGUCCUGAGUGGUUAUAUCCUCUCAAAAAACUCUUUAAAAUGCACUCAAAUCUAAUAAUGAGUAUAUUGGAUGAAGGACAGAGUGUAUUGAGAUUAUUUUGAGAGUAUUAAAGAUGCAAAUGACCUCUGGUGGUGAGGAGGUCACAUUACACUCGGUAUGUGCUCGACAGAGUUGAGUAAAAGUUCAAAAAGGAGACAUGUUUAUGCUUGACAGUUGUCACCAGAAAUUUGAGUAAUUUUAUGUUUAGAUUAACUAUACAGUGUAAUGAAAAGAAAUGUAUUUCAGUGUUGUACUUCAUGUUUCAAACCAGAAAUCAGCAUUAUUACCAUACCACAGGGGUCUUAAACUAAGAAAGAUUCAUACGGUCCCCCAACAUAGCAUUUAAAGAAAUUACUUUUAAUUAAUUGCUAAAUUAAGUUACAAGGAAAAUAAA